UUAGCCUGUAAGAUGGCCCCUGAGUGCGUCCCGGCGUGCCGCUCCGGAGCUGCGGGAGCGCUGCGUGCGGCAUCGGGUCCUCGGAGCGCUGAGUGAGCGCUGAGGUGACCCCGGCUGGGCCUGAUGACGGGGUUAUGGAAAGUGGGUUAGCAGGAAAAACACCUCGUUUAAAGGGAGAACAAAAAGGAAAUUGCGUGCGUGCCCCUGUGGCGGCUGACAGCAGCGUCCUAACAGGAUAGCACCUCAGAUCAGUGGUGCUGCCAGCCUUGCUUGGGAUGGGAUUUAUUUUCUGUCUCGGCUUCGGGGCUUCUUCAUUUGUUCAUUGCUUUUUUUCUGCUAUGCUCUAAGAAUGCCAGUGUGUCUCCUUGUAGAGCCUGACUUAGAGACAGCAGUUUAUCUCCAGAACCCAGCUGCCUAAAAGUGGACUUCAGUUCGUAUUCCCUCCAGGUACGAUGGCUCGUGUCUUUGUGUAUGGCACGCUUAAAAAGGGCCAGCCCAACUACAAGCACAUGAUCAACACCGCCAAGGGGAUCGCAAAGUACCAAGGGAGGGGUCGCACAGUGGAGAAAUACCCUCUGGUGAUUGCAGGGAAAUACAACAUCCCCUAUAUGCUCAACAUCCCGGGCACGGGACACCACAUCGCAGGGGAGAUUUACACUGUGGAUGACCAGAUGCUGCGCUUCCUCGACGAAUUUGAAGGCUGCCCAGACAUGUACCAGCGCACAACGAUGAGAAUUGAGGUGGUGGAGUGGGAGGGGAAGAGCGGCACAGCUGAGGUGCGAGCAGCCAGCAGCGGAGUGAUGGAGUGCUUCGUGUACAACACCAGCACCUACCAGCCUGAGUGGGUCCAGCUGCCCUACCAUGACAAUUACGAUUCCUCUGGAACCCACGGCCUCUCCUACGUGCUACGAGAGAACAGAGAUUGAGCCAGCACAGCCCUGCGAAGACAGUUCUAAGCAGGUGUUGUGUGGCAGCCCUACCAGCAACCCCAUAUUGCCUUUCUCUUAAAUCCCCAGAUCUGUAACAUUCCAGACCUGGGCACGCUGGCUCUAGUGCUGCAGUGCUGUAGGCCUAGAGACUGGCACAGCCUUGUACCAUCACUAACCCACCCUAACUGGUUUCUCAUGAUGGCCGAAAUAACUGUGUUUGUGCACAGCAGUGAGGGGGUUUAUGUUCUUUCCUGCCCCCCGACCCCUUCACCUCAGUGCACGGCCAAGGUGAGUGGAAGGCAGAUGAACACACUAAUUCUUUCUUACCUGAGCUGAUAAAUUUAUCACAUGUGUUCCAUAAGCUGGGUGGAGUAAUGACGUUAUUGUACUAAUAGCUAAAACUGAUUUUAAAAAAUCAUAUCUGCAAGCAACGUAAAAUGCACGGCUAAUAUUGUCCUGUAAUGGUAGGCUACUGAAUGUAAACCAAGCAGCAGGCAAAUGUCUGUGGGGGAAAAAUGACCACACAGGUAGUCUGCGCUUUGGGAAAAAUACAACAGUGCUGUAGAAAUAAAGGGAAGAGAUUUUUAAAGAUGACUGUUCUUACUUCAUAAUGUUUUUUCUGAACUGGAGGUGAUUCUUUUUAAAAUACAUUUAGUUUUAUGAGAUACUGUAAAGAAAUAUUAAAGAAUUAUUAAAGAGAAUUCCAUUUAAAAUCGUAUAUGUUUCAUUUAGCAUCCUAAGUAAGCGCUCUAGGUACCGUUCUCAGUUCACUGAGUGACUGGGAUCUGGAUGCUGAGGGCCAGAAAAGCAAACCUGACUUCAGCUGCCCACUGCACCACACCAGCUGCAGCUAUGGUGAGCACUAUUAAGGCGACGCUGAGCCAAGCACUUUCAUGGAGAACUUGCAGUUGUAUGCAAACUGAAUUUUCUACAGGGGGGAAAGAUCCUUAAUCAUGUUAUUAAAAAAAUAAAAAAGGACCUAUAUGUGAUUACUGCAACAUUUAAAGACUACUGUCCUCAUGACCCAACCAACUGCGCUGGCUACAGUACAAUCUGGGGAUAUUGUGGUUGUGUUGUUGCACUGCUGUGCCUUUUAUUUCCUUCAACUGCAGCGUUUGGUACACUGACAUUGUAUAAUUUAGAAAGCUGCUGCAGGGACAAGGCUGCGAGUGGGGAAUGUGUGUCGUGCAGUGAGCCAGAGUACAAUGAAGUGUACCAAGGGGACUGUUCAGAACUGUAUUGUACUUCUGCUUCACUGGCAGGAGCUCUGGGAUGGCCAGAGAUCAGCACAGGGAGCCAGGGUAAGGAACCAGCCUGAACUUCAUUAGUAAUGGGCAUUGCUGCCAUUCAAGUAGAAAAACAGACUGAGAGGUUGUGCUUCUGCAGCAGGCACACUGAACUCUGAAAUGCUUUUCAAGCAGAAUAUUCAUUUUGUAAAUCUUUUCAUCGUGCUUCAGUUUAGGGCAACGUGCAGAGCCUGAGCAGUGCCCCUUCUGGAUGAGGAAAGAUGGCACCAAGGACAUUCCUAGGGAAGCCUGCAGGGUCUCUGCCUCAGUUUCUCCAAAGCUCUGAUUUUAUGAACACUCCUAAUCCCUCACUUUAGAAGGAGCCCCUGCACAACAAGAGGUCAGACACGUUGAUCUCCAGGCCUGGAGGAGCUCAGAGGACAGCGUGCUUGGCCUGAAGGUGGCUAAGGGCACUUGAGGCCCAUGCCUGGAAGGCCUUGUAUCCAGUGACCAACAGAAAGAAGAUAAAGGGGAGGGCGUUUGAGUAUGGAGUCUGAGUAAAAGAGAAAAUUCCCUUAGAGCUGCAAGUGAAAAUACAAGGGAAAUUCUGCAGUAGCAAAAUAAAGCAUCUAACCCAUAAUUUAAAGCUAGUCUGGAUAAAGGCUUCACAAUAUUAUAGUAAGUCUGACCAGAAUUUAAGCAGUAAUUGUUCAGCACUUACACAGAGUGUAGGAAACUGCUGAGUCCAUUCAGUGGUUAAUUUGUCGCUCCUAUCAACCAUUCUGUACAAUUUGGCUGGGGCCUCAAACCAGUGAGAUUACCAUGGAGAAGAUUAAUCAGCUUCAGGCUUUUGUUAUGUUUUCUUUUUAAAAAACAAGCUUUUCCUGUUUUAAAGCAGAAAUGGUAUUUUAUUGAUUCUACUUGAUCCUGAAAAAUCAAAGAAUUACAAAGGUUAUGUACAAGUAUUUCUGGAAGUAAAAAUCUGAGAUCUGUUGCCAAGGUUUAACAUCUGUGUUUGCUGUCUUAACCACUGAUACAAUAAAUAUGGCUCUAUAAGA